GUUCAUUUUUCUUUCACUACAUCCUUUUCGUCUAAUAAUAAUGUUCUGUGCUAUUUCUGGUGAAGCACCUGAACAUCCUGUGGUAUCCCUCAAAAGUGGUCGACUUUUCGAACGUCGAUUGAUCGAAAAAUAUAUCACUGAUCAUGGAAAGGAUCCUGUCAAUAAUGAAGAAAUGACUAUUGAUGACUUGAUCGAAGUCAAAACAAAUCCUCAAUCAGUAAAGCCACGACCACCUAAACUUUCCUCUGUUCCUUCCAUCUUAUCCUCUUUACAAAACGAAUGGGAUAGUGUCAUGUUGGAAUCCUUCACCUUGAAACAACAAUAUCAACAAGUCCGUCAAGAAUUAUCUCAUGCUUUGUAUCAAAAUGAUGCUGCUACACGAGUGAUUGCUCGUCUCAAGAAAGAACGUGAUUCUGCUCGAGAAGCACUUGCUAACGUACAGGCUCAUUUGGGUACUGCCGCUCCUACUGCUUCAACAGAAACUACCGCAGCUGCUCAAGAAUCUAUGGAAGUGGAUCAACCUGUUUUACCUGAAGAAGUCAUCAAUAAAAUCACAGAAACCAGUAAUACUCUUUCUCAAGGUCGUCGCAAGAGAAAACCUCCAACGGAAUACACCAAUGCCGAAACUAUCCAAACGUUUAUGCAAUCAUCGACUAUUCCUUCAAUGCAUACAUCUCGUACACCUGGUAUCACCGCUGUGGAUGUCGAUGCGUCAGGCAAAUAUAUUUUGACUGGUGGCGCCGACAAACAUGUACAAAUCUACAACAAGGAGGAAGAAAAGGUGGUUGCAAACUUAACAGGUCAUACUAAGAAGGUGACAGCAGUGAAAUUCCGUGGACAACAAGUGGAAGAUGAUGUGGCUAUUAGUGCUAGUGCUGAUAAACAUGUACGUAUCUGGGUAGCUGGAGGCGAUAAAGGAUAUCAAUUGGGACACAACAUCAACGCUCAUGCUGGUGAAGUGACAAGUUUAUCUGUGCAUCCAAGCAGCGAUUACUUUGUUAGUGCAGGUUUAGACAGCAAAUGGUCAUUCUAUGACUUUGAAUCAGGUAAGGCUAUUAUGGAAACUGUGGAUCAAGAUAAUCAAUCUGGAUACUCUUCAAUUCAAUUCCAUCCUGAUGGUAUGCUUCUUGGUGCUGGUACUACUGAUGGUGUUGUGCGUAUUUGGGAUGUCAAAUCACAAUCUGUGGCUGCAAACUUUGCUGAUCAUACUGGAGGUAUUCAAGCUCUCGCAUUCUCUGAAAACGGUUAUAUUCUUGCCACUACUUCUGGAGAUAACUUGAUCAAACUUUGGGAUCUUCGUAAGCUGGCCAACACAAAGACAUUUACUUUGGAUGAGGAUUACAAGGUACAUUCUCUUGCAUUCGACAAUUAUGCUCAAUACUUGGCUGUAGGUGGUUCAGAUGUUCGUAUUUUGAAGGCAAAAGAUGGAUCUCCAUUGGCAAGCUUCACUGACAACUCUGCUGAAAUCACUGGUCUUAAAUGGUCUCCUAUGGCUAACUCUCUACUGGCUGCUGGCAUGGAUCGUACCGUUCGUUUCUACAGUUCCCCAUAGAAAUAGACUUUCUUACUCUAUUAUCACCUCAGAUUUGUUUUUAUCUCUCUCUUUUUUUUUUUUU